AUGGAAACAGAAGAAAUUCUAUAUAUCGGAUUCAAUAAAGACCGAACUCUGCUGACUACUGGGUCCCGUGCAGGCUUCAAAGUUUUCAAAGUUUGACCAAUUGAGCUUUUGCACCAUGACGAUAAUGGUAACUUCAAAAUUGUGGAAAUGUAUGAAAGCUCACAACUUAUUGUCCUUGUCGGUGCAGGCGAACAGCCUGCAUUUUCACCAAGAAGACUGACUAUUUGAAAUCUUGCUGAAAGGACACCGAUAUGCGAAACUUCUUUCCCUGACUCAAUUUUAGCAGUCAAAAUGAACCGAGUCAGAAUCGUUGCUGUAAUUUGUGAUGGAAUUUAUAUCUACGACACCACAACAAUGAAAACUGUAGGGACGCUAAAGACUGUCAACAACCCCAAAGGCAUAGCAGCCUUGUCGCCUUCACAUUCUGCGUGCUGGCUGCUAUAUCCUUCAAGUGAGGAAAGAGGAAAUUUUCAUAUUUAUGACUGCUUUAGCUUUCAGCAUAGAAUAGAAGUGGUGGCUCAUAACUCGAAAUUGGCUUUUAUAAGUAUAUCAGCUCAAGGGGAUUUGUGUGCGACUGCCAGUGAGAAAGGAACAGUUAUUAGGGUAUUUUCGGUGCCUGAGGGGAACAAGAUUUAUACGUUUAAAAGAGGACUGAUGACUGCGCUGACGUAUUCAAUGAGUUUUAGCUUGAAUGGGGAUUUAUUGAUGUCGUGCAGUGAUACAGGGACUAUUCAUAUAUACAAUAUCAGCAGAGAAGAUAUAAGUGAAAAAAGAUCUUGGGGAGAUAUGAUAAAAACGUCAAUUUUUUCAGCUGCCAGCUUAGUGGUGCCUGAAUCGUAUAAAGACUCAUUUGAGACGUCAAGAUCUUAUAUUGUUGUAAGGACAAAUUUUCAAUCGCCUUAUACAGCCACGCUGGUGCCUGAUUCAAAUUAUUUGUUUGCUUUGAAUAAUUUUGGAAAAUAUAUGGUAUUUAGACUUGAUUAUAAUAAUGGAGGAGAAGGUGUAUGGUCAAGCACAGGUAGCAACCCUACACCCACCCCCACCUUUUUUAAUGGUACCCCCACCCCCCCUAAAAAAUGGCACUCCCACCCCAUCCUCCAUAAUAUAGCAUAAAAUAUAUGAAAAAUGCCAAUUUAGAGCAGACGCAAUAAAUAAAUUAUUAUUUUAAAUAUUCAAAAUUACUGAUUUAUGCAAAUAUCCACAUAGCGUAGCACAAUCGAUUAAGGAGUAGAUGGGAUGGGGUGAGAAUUUCCUAUAACUAGUAAGCUCACCAAAUCUGAAAAAAUUUGUUAGCAAGCAUAAUAAUGAUCUUUGGUAUUAAUUAGCAAUAUAUCCUGCAUAUAUUUAUGAACUUUGUGGAACAAUGGCUAAAAAGUCAAAUUAGAGAUCCAAAAGUAAAACUGACAAUAGCAAAUACUAUUUUUAUUAGCACUAUUGAAUCCUGCUACCAAUUCAGUCCUGCAAUCCUUGUACAAUUGUCAUUAGAUUAGCUUUAAUUUAUGAAUCCAUAAAUUUAAUGCAAGUUAUUCUAUUAUGCUUGGCUAAUUUAAUAAUUAAUGCCAUUAUCUAUAUUUUUGGCAUUAUAUUUAUAAAUAUAAAAAACAAAUUUAAUAUAUUUUCUAAUUAAUUGCUAAUUAAUUUAAAUUUAUUAAUUAAUCAUAAAUAUAAAGUAAUUUGUGGACUUAAUUUAAAAAUAUAGUGUUUUAAUUGGGUUAUGUUUAAUUUAUUCUGCUUAUUUCCUAUCAAAAUACUUCUAUAGGAUAAACCCGAGAGGAGGGGGUGGGGGUGCCAUCUGCGAAAAGGGGGUUCCCUUAUUAGGGGGGUGGGGUGGGGGGUUCCCUUAUUGGGGGGUGUCUGGUUGCGACCUAUGCUUGACCAGGUGUAAUCUUGCAAGAAGGAGAUAUAAAUAUGGUCCACACAGUUAAUGAAGCAUAA